UCACGCCCUUCAUCCUCACAGAGAAGAAGAAGAUACACUGAAACUCAACCAAAAAAACCCAGAGAGAGAAGAGAAGCAGACCAAUCUCUCCUCUCUCUGCUCUUUCUCUCUCUCUGUUUCUGCUCUGUAUGCUUUCUUUCUUAUUUUUCCUCUCCACAAUUUACAGAGAGAGUGAGUUGUAGUAAAUACCUUCAUUUCAAUGGCUUCUUUAGUAUCCUCGCCGUUUACAGUGCCUACCUCAAAAGCUGACCAACUAUCAUCUUUCUCCCGGAAGCAUUACUUUCUUCACUCUUUCCUUCCCAAGAAAACUACCCAAACCAACUCAAAUUCCUCCAUCAGAGUAAAAUGUGCUUCUGUUGGUAAUGGCCUAUUCACCCAGACCACCCAAGAAGUUCGUCGAAUUGUCCCAGAGAAUAACCGGGGACUCCCCACUGUAAAAAUUGUCUACGUAGUCUUAGAAGCACAAUACCAGUCAUCCUUGACGGCCGCAGUGCAAGCUCUGAACAAAAACGAAAGGUACGCUUCUUUUGAAGUUGUGGGUUAUUUGGUUGAAGAGCUUCGUGAUGAAUCAACCUAUAAAACCUUCUGUAAAGACCUCGAGGACGCCAACGUCUUUAUUGGGUCUUUGAUUUUCGUUGAGGAGCUCGCUUUGAAGAUCAAGUCUGCUGUGGAGAAAGAGAGGGAUAGGCUUGAUGCAGUGCUGGUUUUCCCCUCAAUGCCUGAGGUAAUGAGGCUAAACAAGCUGGGUUCUUUCAGCAUGUCGCAGCUCGGGCAGUCGAAGAGCCCCUUCUUCCAGCUCUUCAAGAGGAAGAAGCAGUCUGCUGGGUUUGCAGAGAGCAUGUUAAAGCUUGUGAGAACUUUGCCGAAGGUUUUGAAGUAUUUGCCUAGUGAUAAGGCUCAGGAUGCUCGGCUGUAUAUACUUAGUUUGCAGUUUUGGCUCGGUGGCUCGCCGGAUAAUUUGCAGAAUUUCUUGAAAAUGAUUUCCGGGUCUUAUGUGCCCGCACUGAAAGGGACUAAGAUCCAGUAUUCCGACCCGGUUUUGUUUUUGGAUAGUGGGAUUUGGCACCCUUUGGCUCCUUGCAUGUAUGAGGAUGUCAAGGAGUAUUUGAAUUGGUAUGGAACGAGGAGGGAUGCUAAUGAAAAACUGAAGGACCCAAAUGCACCAAUAAUUGGUCUGGUUUUGCAGAGGAGUCACAUUGUUACUGGUGAUGAAAGUCAUUAUGUGGCUGUGAUUAUGGAAUUGGAGGCAAAGGGGGCUAAAGUGAUACCGAUUUUCGCCGGCGGGCUCGACUUUUCCGGACCGGUUGAGAGGUAUUUGAUCGAUCCAAUCACGAAGAAACCGUUUGUGCAUUCGGUUAUAUCGCUGACAGGUUUUGCGCUUGUUGGGGGGCCGGCGAGGCAGGACCACCCGAGGGCUAUUGAGGCGCUGAUGAAGCUUGAUGUGCCUUACAUUGUUGCGUUGCCUCUGGUAUUCCAGACUACCGAGGAGUGGCUCAACAGUACUUUGGGGCUGCACCCAAUUCAGGUAGCUUUGCAAGUUGCUCUGCCGGAGCUUGACGGAGGCAUGGAGCCCAUUGUCUUUGCUGGCCGAGAUCCUAGAACAGGGAAAUCACAUGCUCUUCACAAGAGGGUGGAACAACUAUGCACCAGAGCAAUCAGGUGGGCUGAACUGAAGAAGAAAUCAAAGGCAGAGAAGAAGUUAGCAAUAACUGUCUUCAGUUUCCCUCCAGACAAAGGAAAUGUUGGAACAGCUGCCUACCUUAAUGUCUUUUCUUCCAUCUUCUCUGUUCUAAAAGAACUCCAAAGAGAUGGCUACAAUGUUGAGGGCCUACCGGAGAAUUCUGAAGCCUUGAUCGAAGAAGUAAUUCAUGACAAAGAGGCUCAAUUCAGCAGCCCAAAUCUGAACGUUGCUUACAAAAUGGGUGUCCGUGAAUACAAAAGCCUAACUCCCUAUGCCACUGCAUUGGAGGAAAACUGGGGAAAACCUCCUGGGAACCUGAACUCCGAUGGAGAGAAUCUCUUGGUAUAUGGUAAACAGUAUGGUAAUAUCUUUAUUGGGGUUCAGCCCACUUUUGGCUAUGAGGGUGAUCCUAUGCGGCUAUUGUUCUCCAAAUCAGCUAGCCCACAUCAUGGCUUUGCAGCAUAUUACUCUUUUGUUGAGAAAAUUUUCAAAGCUGAUGCUGUUCUUCAUUUUGGCACUCAUGGGUCACUUGAAUUCAUGCCUGGAAAACAGGUGGGAAUGAGUGAUGUCUGCUACCCUGACAGUCUAAUUGGGAAUAUUCCAAAUGUCUAUUACUAUGCAGCUAAUAACCCAUCUGAAGCAACGAUAGCCAAGCGCAGGAGCUAUGCCAAUACCAUUAGUUAUCUGACUCCUCCAGCAGAAAAUGCUGGGCUUUACAAAGGCCUUAAGCAGUUAAGUGAGCUCAUCUCCUCAUAUCAAUCCCUUAAAGACACUGGCCGUGGGCCACAGAUUGUGAGCUCAAUCAUCAGCACGGCUAAACAAUGUAAUCUUGACAAGGAUGUGGAACUACCUGAUGAGGGAGAGGAAAUCUCAGCAAAGGAACGAGAUCUUGUGGUUGGAAAGGUAUAUUCCAAGAUCAUGGAGAUUGAAUCCCGCCUUUUGCCUUGUGGGCUCCAUGUCAUUGGUGAACCUCCAUCGGCCAUGGAAGCAGUUGCAACUCUGGUUAACAUUGCUGCGCUAGACCGUCCUGAAGAAGGAAUUUCAUCACUCCCAGGUAUACUAGCUGAGACUGUAGGAAGAAAUAUAGAGGAAAUUUAUAGAGGGAGUGACAAGGGAAUUUUGAAGGAUGUAGAGCUUCUUCGGCAAAUAACGGAGGCAUCACGCGGAGCUGUUUCUGCCUUUGUGGAGCGAACAACUAAUAAGAAGGGCCAAGUCGUCAAUGUAGCUGAUAAACUGAGCUCAAUCCUUGGGUUUGGUAUAAAUGAACCAUGGAUUCAGUACUUGUCGAGCACCAAGUUUUACCGGGCUGAUAGGGAAAAGCUUAGAAUAUUGUUUGAGUUCUUAGCAGAGUGUUUGAGGCUGGUUGUGGCUGAUAAUGAGUUGGGGAGUUUGAAACAAGCAUUAGAGGGAAAGUACGUGGAGCCAGGGCCUGGUGGCGACCCAAUUAGAAACCCGAAAGUAUUGCCAACAGGAAAGAACAUUCAUGCACUCGAUCCACAAUCAAUUCCCACAACAGCAGCAUUGCAGAGUGCAAAAAUCGUGGUGGAUAGGUUGAUUGAAAGGCAGAAGGCUGACAAUGGGGGAAAGUAUCCUGAGACAGUUGCACUUGUAUUGUGGGGAACAGAUAAUAUAAAGACUUAUGGUGAGUCCUUGGCUCAGGUCAUGUGGAUGAUUGGUGUGAGGCCAAUUGCGGAUACAUUUGGUCGAGUGAACCGGGUGGAAGCCGUAAGUCUUGAAGAGCUUGGAAGGCCUCGGAUCGAUGUCGUUGUUAAUUGCUCUGGAGUGUUCAGAGAUCUCUUUAUUAAUCAGAUGAAUCUCCUUGACCGGGCAGUGAAGAUGGUAGCAGAACUAGACGAGCCGGAAGACCAAAACUAUGUCAGGAAGCACGCAAUUGAACAAGCCAAAACUCUUGGGAUUGAGGUUCGCGAAGCUGCAACUCGGGUUUUCUCCAAUGCCUCAGGAUCCUACUCCUCGAACAUAAAUCUUGCUGUUGAGAAUUCUUCAUGGAAUGAUGAGAAGCAGCUCCAAGACAUGUACUUGAGCCGAAAAUCUUUUGCUUUCGAUUGUGAUGCCCCUGGUGCCGGCAUGACUGAGAAAAAGAAAGUUUUUGAGAUGGCUCUGAGCACAGCUGAUGCUACAUUCCAAAACCUUGAUUCCUCAGAAAUCUCACUCACUGAUGUGAGUCACUACUUUGACUCGGACCCAACCAAUCUAGUACAGAACUUGAGGAAGGAUGGGAAGAAGCCUAGUGCUUAUAUUGCUGACACCACCACAGCUAAUGCCCAGGUACGGACCCUUUCGGAGACUGUGCGUCUCGAUGCACGAACCAAACUGUUGAACCCAAAGUGGUAUGAAGGGAUGAUGUCUAGUGGAUAUGAGGGUGUUCGUGAAAUUGAGAAGAGGCUUACAAAUACAGUUGGGUGGAGUGCAACUUCUGGCCAAGUCGACAAUUGGGUGUAUGAAGAGGCCAAUUCGACUUUCAUUCAAGAUGAGGAGAUGUUGAAUAGGCUGAUGAAGACAAAUCCAAACUCCUUCAGGAAGUUGGUGCAGACUUUUCUGGAAGCCAAUGGACGUGGGUACUGGGAUACUUCCGAACAGAACAUUGAGAGACUAAAGCAGUUGUACUCCGAAGUUGAAGACAAGAUUGAAGGGAUUGAUCGGUGAACUUCAAAUCUAACUAUCAAGAAAAAAACAUUGUAAAAUGCAAAUAUAAAAAACACUUGUGAUUUCCUUGAGUUCCUUCUCUUUCUCACUGUAGGGUAAAUAGAUGUGAUUUCGAGAAAUGCAAAUGCACCGAUUGUGCUUCUUUUUUUCUGAUCAUAUAUACCUGGCACCCUUUGUUGCU